AUGUCGUCUCGAUAUUUUAAGAAUAAAUUCUCUGAUUUUGAUGGAAAUUCUGUAGUCCAGGUGGACAAGAAUCGUGUGUGUGGCCUCGUAGAGGAAUAUGUGAGUGCUAUCUUAGCUAACACCAAUGAUUCUAGGCAAGAUCACCGUGGAGAUUUGUAUGUGGGUGAUGCCGGGAUUGCCUACAUGUUUUAUCGCAUCUACAAGUCUCCAGUGUUGAAGGAUAAGAUUCCAGGAGCUCUUAAUCUAGCGCAGCAGUAUAUUGAGAGGGCCAGGAACAAUGCCAGGCACUAUGCCAAACGAUCCGACGAGAGAUGUGCUUUUCUUUGUGGAAAUGCCGGAAUCUACGCAGUUUCCGCAGCGAUUUCCCAUGAAAGCGGCAACCAGAGUCAAUACCAAAAAGAUUUGGAUUGCUUUUCUGCCGGUUUUGCAGCCUGUAAGCCCAUAAAUUUCAACAAAUAUGGAUCUGAUGAGGUACUAGUGGGCAGAGCCGGUUUUCUGAGUGGUGUUUAUUGGCUGCAGAAAACCCUUCCGGCGACCCCAUUUACUUCUGAUCAAAUUCUCGAGAUUUGCGAGUCCAUGAUUCAGAGUGGGAUUGAAUAUAGUCACAGAAAUACCUCAACCUUACCCUUGAUGUACGAAUAUCACAACAGUGAAUAUCUGGGUGCAGCUCAUGGAGUCUGUGCUAUUUAUCACAUGCUCCUAAAUUCGAGCUGGUUUGAUAACAUUCAAUCUGGAGCUGCCCCAAAACACCUCAAUCUUAUCAAAGAUUCAAUCGAUGGAUUUCUGGCCUAUCAAGAUUCCGAAGGAAACUUCCCAAUAACUCUGGACAACACAAGAGAGAAACGUCUGGUGCACUGGUGUCAUGGAGCUCCGGGAGCUGUCUAUCUCCUGGCCAAAUCCUACUUAGUCUUCAAAGAUGAGAAAUACUUGAGAGCCUGCAAGUUGGCGGCUGACUUGGUUUGGCGGAAAGGAUUACUACUAAAAGGUCCUGGUAUUUGUCAUGGAGUGGCUGGAAAUGGCUAUGUCUUCCUUCUACUCCAUCAACUCACCCAAGACCCUAAAUAUCUCUACAGAGCGAUCAAGUUCAUGGAAUUCCUAUCUGAUCCAGAGUUUCGGCAAAAUGCUCGGACUCCUGAUCGUCCCUUCAGUCUAUACGAGGGCAUUGCUGGAACAGUAUGUUUCCUGGCUGAUUUACUGGAACCAGAAAAGGCAGCAUUUCCCUUCAUGGAAGUUUAUUGAGCAAGAAAAUACUGCAUUUAAAUUUAUAAAUUUCUUUGUUACUUUUGACCCCAUCCCAAGUUGUACUCCAAUUUGUGGCUAAAUUUAUUAAUAAAUGUGCGCUCCCUAAAAUUA